AUGAAGGUUGAGAUUUUGAUGAAGAAAUUGAUAUUCAUAGUGGCGGCUGUGGCUGUGCUUGCCAUAGCCGCCUGCGCUGAGAGCGGCAUGGAUACAGGCGAGUCUGAGUCCGGCGGUGAGCAUGGUGAGCGGAUUAGCGAGAGGUCUGAGGGUUCGGGCGAGCAUGGCGGUGAAGGCGAAGGUUCUGUGAAAGCGAAGUCCGGCGCUGAGGAUGGCGAGGAGGACGCGGCGCAGUAUGGACUUGGCGAUACCUUUGACCAACUCAGGGCGGGAUCGCGGUUAAUUGUGAGUUACAAUGCGACAGACAACGCCUUUUGGGGAACUGUGGAGAAUGUUAGCGAAACUACGCUAGAUAGGGUUCGCGUUGAGAUACACUUGUCGAAUGGGGUAGAACUUGGGCCGACGCCUUCAAUUGACCUUUCGCCGGGCGAGAUCGCCGAUGUGAGGCUGGAUGCGACGUCUCAGCCGUUCGACACGUGGAGCGCGCAUGCGGAAGUGGGCGGUGGAGAAGAAGAUGGCGAGGAGCAUGGGCGUGGGGGCUAA